AUGCAGAUUGAAUUCCCAAGGAGCAGUCCCGGCCCCACCUGGCCAGCUGCGGUGUACUUGACACUCGGGUGCAACCCGGCUCCCUGCCCGACGGCACGCGGAGGCCCCGCCCCCUCCCCGCCCCACCGCGGUCUCGGAUUGGCGGCCUGGCGCCGGGAGCGGCCUCGUGCCUCCGCCGCAGCAAAUGACAAAGUUCUCUCCUGGACACUAGUCACAAGCCAAGCCUUCGACACUGCAUGGAGGAUAUUGAAGGGGUCCAUGACGUUGUCAGCCUCGUUCCUGCUGGCCACCCUCUGCUACUUCAGAGGGCUGUAUUUAUACUUAGGGCAUCGACUGAAAUGGUGGAUUGGAUAUCUGCAGAGAAAGUUUAAAAAGAACCUCAGCGUGGAGGCGGAAGUUGAUUUGCUCAGUUAUUGUGCAAGAGAAUGGAAAGGAGAGACGCCCCAUGCCAAGCUGAUGAAGAAGGCUUAUGAGGAGCUGUUUUGGCGGCAUCAUAUUAAAUGCGUUCGACAAGUAAAACGAGAUAACUAUGAUGCACUAAGAUCCGUGUUAUUUCAGAUAUUCAGCCAGGGCCUCUCUUUUCCAUCCUGGAUGAAAGAAAAAGACAUUGUUAAGCUUCCUGAAAAACUGCUCUUUUCGCAAGGUUGUAAUUGGAUCCAGCAAUACAGUUUUGGUCCAGAGAAAUAUACAGGUUCAAAUGUGUUUGGAAAAUUACGUAAAUAUGUGGAAUUAUUGAAAACUCAGUGGACUGAAUUUAGUGGGAUGAAGGAUUAUCAUAAGAGAGGAAGCAUGUGCAACAUGCUUUUUUCUGAUGCGAUUCUGGAAUACAGACUUUAUGAAGCUUUAAAAUUCAUCAUGUUAUAUCAAGUCACUGAAGUUUAUGAACAAAUGAAGGCUAAAAAAGUCAUUCCCAGCCUUUUUAGCCUGCUGUUUUCCAGGGAAACCUCCUCUGAUCCUUUGAGCUUCAUGAUGAAUCACCUGAAUUCUGUAGGCGACACGUGUGGUUUAGAGCGGAUUGAUAUGUUUAUACUUGGAUACUCCCUUGAAGUAAAGAUAAAAGUAUUCAGACUGUUCAAGUUCAACUCCAGGGACUUUGAAGUCUGCUACCCAGAGCAGCCUCUCCGGGAGUGGCCGGAGAUCUCCCUGCUGACCGAGAAUGACCACCACUAUCUCAUCCCCGUCUUCUAAGUCUGCCAUGAGUGGGCACCAGCUCUUGCCAGGGCCAGUGGUCAUGCUUGCACGGAGAGUAUUUCUGGAAAAUCAAAGCUAGUGUUUCAGCCACUGAAGGGACUGGAACGCCUUUCUCUGGAAUUACAGGUACACGGGGACAGAGCCGUGUGCGGAUGGUUUUUCAGUGAUUUCCUGCAAAGCAACUGCACUGAUACUUAUGGGUUGGUGGUUUGACCUUGUUCAUAAGGGCUCUCUGGUGACAUCGCAUGACAGCCAGCCUUAAGAGCACCAGGAAGUUUAACGUGGAGCAGCAACAACAGCAGGGAAACAAGCAAGAAGACAACAAGCGGGGAAAAGUGAUUAACCUGAAGAGAAAGAAUGUCUUUAUCUCCAGCCAUUACGUUCUUCAUUAAGAAUCUCCUCUUUGGCGGAUUUUGGAGCACCAUCAAUAGCUCCUUGUUUUGUAAGCAUUAUCUUCCCAGGAAUCUUUGAGGUCUAUUGACUUUCUAGAACUACUUGUUUAACUUUAGAAUUAUGUGUGUAAAUAUAUAUAUGCGUAUAUGUGCAGGAACCCUGGUGGCACAGUGGUUAAGCGCUCGGCUGCUAACUGAAAGGUCAGUAGUUCAAACCCACCAACUGCUUCGCAGGAGAAAAA